UUAUAUAUAUGAGUGAGUAACAAUUCAUCGUGCACUGAUAAGCUGUGCUCAUGAAGGAAGAGAUAUAGGUGAAGGUAAAACAAGUGAUACGAUAAAGGAGAUAUUUGAAGCACAUGCAAACGCUGUCAAAAGGAACACAAAGAUACAGCAUAUGCUUUCCUUUGGUUGUCACAAUAGGUGGCUAUAGAAACCGCCGGGCUUCCACUUAUAAAGCAUAGAGGAGCCAAUAAACAUAUUGCAGCGACGUAAUUAAGUUUACAUUACUAAUAGUAUACAUCCUUGUUUAUAUGACAUUAACACAUAUUCGCGUACUGAACAGUACGUAAUCUUUUCUCUCUCGCUCUACUAUAUAAGCUCACGAUAUAUUGGAAAAAUAGGCCAGUACUAUAAGUCAGCGAGUAGUUAAAAUUUGAGUUGCUCGAAGAAAUCGUUUAUCAGAAUGUAAACAGUUAGACUUGACUUGUAUUGAGAAUCAUAUACACCCUAUUAUUAUCAGAGCAAUAUUGCUAUCUUGUUGCAUUGUAAACUCAUUAUUGAAUAAAUUAUUACAAGUUGGUAUUGUCCAAACAUUCUUGCUUGUUUUUAAAUAAUAAUAAAAUGUUUAUUUUACAUUUCGAUGAGUUUGGCAAAUUAUUUAUGCCAAUAAAAUUAUUAGAAAAUCGAUUCAAUUUUCAUUAGUAUUCUUGCUUGUGUACUACUUACAAGUUUCGAUUAAUUAUCUCGCGAUACAUCCACAUCCACACAAAAGAAAACAGAGUUCAUCACUUGGAACUCCGAUUGAAUGAUUUUUUAAUGUCUGCUUGGUUUAACUAGAUUUAAUUAUUUAAGUUUGAUUUUCUACAAAAAUAUAGAAUGUGAAUACGCUUGAGAGAGAGAGAGAGAACGAUAUGCUAUAUGUGUGAUUCAUUCUAUAGAAUAAUAUUCCAGUAGAGAAAAAACUUAUUUUCAGGAAUUUCUAGAAAAAAAAGAAUGAUCUAUUCAAAGAAUUUUGCUCGAUACUUUCGGAAUUAUUUCAUAUACUAGCCAUACUCGAGAAAGAGAGAGAUCUCCUUUUAUUCUUACUCUUUCUCUUCUAGUUAAUAUUCCUACUAAUGCUACAUGGAAACAGAACGGAGUGACUAUUGCUGGAGAUAACGGGGAUGGGGAUGCCACUCGUCAACUUUACUUUCCUCAUGGUCUCUUCGUUGAUGAUGAUCAAACAGUGGUUAUUCCUGACAACUGGAAUAAUCAUAUCAUGCAAUGGAAGAACGGUGAUACAACGAAUGGACAAAUUGUUGCUGGUGGCAAAGGCCAAGGAAAUGGAUUACAUCAAUUGUAUUGGCCAACUGAUGUAUUAAUUGACAAAGAGACGGAUAGUCUCAUUAUUUGUGAUCGAGAGAAUCGACGAGUUGUACGAUGGUCUCGUCGUUGUGGCACAACACAAGGUGAAAUACUCAUCGACAACAUCGACUGUUCGGGAUUGACCAUGGAUGAACAGAGAUAUCUCUACGUUUCUGACGUCGAAAAACAUGCAGCAAGACGAUAUCAAUUGGGUGAGAAGAAUGGCACUCUCGUAGCUGGUGGAAAUGAUAGAGGUGAUGGACUCAAUCAACUCAACGUGCCGACAUAUCUCGUUGUCGAUCGACAACAGAAUGUAUACGUGUCAGACAACGAGAAUCAUCGUGUAAUAAAAUGGAAUAAAGGUGCAAAAGAAGGUAUUGUGCUCGCUGGAGGACAAGGUGAAGGGAGUGCUCUGACCCAAUUGUCUCAUCCUGAUGGACUCUUCGUUGACACAUUGGGUACACUCUAUGUAGCAGACUCGUAUAAUCAUCGUGUAAUGCGUUGGACUCAAGGAGACAAGAAACAAGGUGCUGUAGUUGUGGGUGGAAAUGGUCGAGGAGAAGAAGCAAAUCAGUUCAACUACCUCCGUGAUUUGUCUUUCGAUCGACAAGGUAAUCUCUAUGUCGUCGAUUAUUGGAAUCAUCGUGUUCAACGAUUUUCUAUGGAAUAA